AUGGCAGAUCACUUAGCAGCCUUACAAAGGUUUUUUGAAAGGAUAAGACAGUUCAGGCUGAGAUUGAAUCCCAAGAAGUGCACCUUUGGGGUGACUUCUGGAAAAUUGCUGGGACACAUUGUUAGUGAGCGAGGUAUAGAGGUUGAUCCAGAGAAAAUCAGAGCCAUACUUGACAUGCCUACCCCGAGGACUGAGAAAGAGAUAAGGGGAUUCCUAGGUAGAUUGCAGUACAUCAGUCGUUUCAUUGCUAGACUGACAGACAUUUGUGAGCCUAUCUUCCACUUUCUAAGGAAGAAUCAGCCUACAGUUUGGAAUGAUGAUUGUCAACACGCUUUUGAGAGGAUUAAGGAGUGUCUCAUUUCUCCUCUGAUUUUAGUGCCUCCCACACCGGGGCUUCCUUUGCUUCUGUACUUAUCAGUUUCAGACAUGGCCCUAGGAUGCAUGUUAGCUCAGCUUGAUGAUUUGGGGAAAGAGCGUGUCAUCUAUUAUUUGAGUAAAAGGAUGCUUGAGUAUGAGUGCAAGUAUAUUAUGAUUGAGCGCCUUUGCUUGGCAGUGGUUUGGGCCACUAGGAGACUUAGACAUUACAUGAUAGAGUAUUCCAUGAUCUUGGUCUCACGAUUGGACCCGUUGAGGUAUCUAUUUGACAGGCCUGUUCUGACCGGUAGGCUCAUGAGAUGGCUGGUAUUGUUGACAGAGUUAGAUAUUCAUUAUGUCACGCAGAAGUUAGUAAAGGGAAGCAUUGUUGCAAAUCAUCUAGCUUCUUUGCCGAUAUCCGAUGACCGAUCAGUUGAUGAUGAUUUCCCUGAUGAGCAGAUUGUUUCAAUGACAAGUAUUACGGGGUGGCGAUUGUACUUUGAUGGUGCCGCCAAUCAGUCGGGGUUUGGCAUUGGUAUCUUAUUGAUAUCACCACAGGGUGAUCAUAUCCCCAGAUCAAUCCGGUUAGCAUUUUCUGAUCAUCACCGUUUGACAAAUAAUAUUGUAGAGUAUGAGGCUUGCAUUACAGGUUUGGAGACUGCACUUGAUCUUGGCAUUAGACAGUUGGAAAUCCAUGGGGAUUCCAACUUGGUUAUAAAGCAGACUCAGGAUAUCUGGAGGACACGGGAUGAGAAGCUAAAACCCUACCAUGCUUACUUGGACAUGUUGAUUGAUAAAUUCGAUGUGUUAAGGUAUAUACAUCUGCCUAGGGCGGAGAAUCAGUUUGUCGAUGCAUUAGCCACCUUGGCUUCUAUGAUUGUGAUCCCCGCGGGGGUGACUAUUAGGCCAUUGCUGAUUGAAACUAGGUCUGCACCAGCUUACUAUUGUCUGAUUGGAGAGAUAGAGGAUCAUAUUGAGUUGCCAUGGUAUCACGAUAUUUAUCAGUUUCUGUCAUGCUGCACUUACCCAGAGUCAACCUCGGCCAAGGAUAGGAGAGCAUUGAGACAGUUGGCCACCAGAUUUGUUAUUUGCAGGGAUGCACUAUAUAGGAGAUCAUCUGAUGGCCUGUUAUUAUUAUGUCUAGACCGUACAUCUGCAGAUCGAGUGAUGAGAAAGGUUCAUGUAGGGGUCUGUGGCCCACACAUGGGAGGUCAUAUGCUAGCACAUAAGAUCAUGAGGGCUGGCUACUUUUGGUUGACCAUGGAGACAAAUUGUUGCCAGUUUGUAUAG